CUUGUGGUCACUGUAUCCAUGGCCUUUCUUGACUUUUGAUUUCUUCCCUUGACACAUAUAUACAUCUGGUUUCAUUUUCCUCUCUGUGUCCAUUGGCACGGGAUCGUUGCUCCCUCUUUUUUCACAUCGUUCACCUGCCCUGGCCUGGUUUGCCCUCUUUGCUCAAGCACUCGAAACAUAUUGUUCCCCUGGAUAAAACACAGGUACCGUGCACCGAUACACUCACUCUUUCGUGGACCUUGUUUUUGUUUUUGGAGCCUUUCACAUUUCUCACAUAAUGGCGGCACUGUCCAACUCACGCUCUGCCUCUUCCGACCUUCGUCCCGGAUCGGGCUCGAGCACGAGGAAACACCUCGAGCCUCCCACGCCGUACGAGACGACGGCGUUCAUGGCCAAUGCCUCGCCGCUCUUGACCUCGUCCCUGCACUCGCGCAACUCGGCGAGCUCCGUUCAAGAGUCGGCGUACCUUGCCAAAGCUCAAGUGCUCCAAUGGUCCCGCUUGGGACUGGCGGUGGUCGUGGCCGCCAGUGCCACCGCGGCACUCGGCUGUGCAGGACACGUCUUAGAUCGGUAUGAUGAGACAGGCUUGCACAAAGAGUACCACCUGCCUCAACUGUGGCCGGUCAAUGUCGAUGUCAGACCUACAUUGGCGAUCCUCAUCCCGGCGGCGAUAGUGAUCGCGGUGAACGUGGGAUACGUGGUCUUUUCGCUCAUUCCAACUCCUUAUUCGCGUACCUUGAUGUACAACUUUGUCUUCCUGGCGUCGUCCCUCGUCGGGUUGGUUCUAUGCAUCUUCGCAAUACCCUUCAACACUUCCCUGACGGAUCCUUCGGACCACCACGCUCGCGACUCUCUUCAGUCGUGGACGUGCAAGUUCUCGGACGGUGCGGCAAAGUUCAAUUCGGACGCCAAGUCCCUCCAGAUCCCCGUGUACUUGGCCAGCGGCAUGCCGAUCCCGGCAGGCUUCAAGAGGUUGUGCAAGGAGAGCCAGGUCGGAGUGGGCCUCUUGGUCGCAGUCAUGGUUUUGGAAGCCGUGAGCUGUGUCGUCGGUGGUGUUGGUAUCGUGCUCGAGAGGAGGAUGGCCAAGGCGAGAAGCGCGAGGUAUGCGGCGCACGAGAAGACUGAGGCCUUGUCUUGAAGCUUGCUCAACCGACUCGAGGAUGGCUCUAGGGGAGGCUGAUUUGGUUUUUUGGGGGGUCGGGAUGACAUACCAGCAUUCGACGGCCGGGAUCGCUUGAAUGGUCGUCGUGGGCUCGUCGUGCAAAGACGCAACGUUGAAUUUGUCUUUUAAUGUUUCAUUGUAAGAUAUCAAUCGAACGGUGUUGAUGGGCGGAGUGGAUGAAUUUACGGAUUUAGUAUUCCAAAGGCACUGCAAACGAUUCAUGUGCUUGCGUGUCCUCAAGGGAGAUGCAGAUAGAGAAUGUUAUUUUUAUUGUCAAC